AUGACGUCAAGCAAACAAACCGUUGGUCGUAUCAUCCCCACUCGAUUCAGCAACACCGUGAACGAAAGCGUAUGCACUCGCUCUACAGCUUCCGAUGAUCACGUUGCAGAGUUCAGCGAUAACAGCUCAGCACGGUAUCCAGCACAGCAGCAACACGAUCAGUUCACCGCAACGCUGCCUUCAUCGACGAAAUUGUCGCUGCUGGCUGCUUCCGUGACGAGCGUGGCCGAAACGACUAAACGCUUCUUGUUGAGACCUCCACCAGCAAAACAUCAAAGUAGCGCAGUAUCAGCUUGUCAUGCUGCGGUGAAUCCCAAUAAGCACUUUAUCUUUGGUGCCCCGAGCAUGGAGGCACUGACCACAAGCGAUUUACCUGCACGAACCGUAUCAUCCACGACUGUGACCCUGUCGAUCAAUCCUCCAAAACGGGCAACGUUUAGGAAGCGCAAGGUGAGCGUCAAAUCCACAUCUUGUCGCGAGCAGUGCCGAUCGAACCAAGCUCGGUACCGCCAAAGGCAGCGGGAAUACGUGCUAAAGCUCGAGUUGACCGUUGCCAAACUGCGUGCUGAAAUCCCGAUGCUGGAGAUCCAGCGUCGUCGUCUUCACUACGGUUCCGAGCAACGCGUCUGGGACGUCGGGCUCGAGUACUUCCGGCUCUUCCGUUACGGAGUUGGCAACUCUUUCAAGCAAGGAUUUCCAGACGCUUGUGGUACCCCACGAGCUUCGGAAGCUCAGAAACAAUUAAUGUUUCUCCGAUCAACCAUGGCACGGGAUGUUGCGUUUGGUAGCGUGACUGGGGUCGAGGUUCUGAUGGAGCACUGGCAACGAUUGUCAGAGUAUCACGAUAAUCUGCAUUUCCACCUUACGCACAUGGAGAAGCUGUCCGAGAGUAUCGUCACCGCUACGGCCAUAAUGAGUGUGACAGUCACGAAAACCACGCUCGAGCGCGUCUUCUCUCACCUCUUGGAGUCCGACAAUGUAAAGGACUUAUCAGUGGCUGUGAAUCUGCUUGGCCACAAGCUGGACUACCCAUGCUCCGUGAUCUUUGUGUGGGACGAAGAAAGUAGCUUGGUGGAGCGAGUGGAGACCGAUAUCGAUACAGUAUCGCCGUUGUUGGAAUUCUUAGGUAGCCUCAAAGACACGUCCCGCGUGAUUGAACGAGCCGAGCUGACUCCAACCAGCUAUAUCGACGUGGCAAGCCGACCGACAGCAUGA